AGUUUAAAACAUAGCUUCAAGCGAAGCGCAUCUUGUGAAAAAUAAUAAAAAAAAAAUGUGGAGAAUAAGUAAAUAUGUUGUGGGUCAUUUAACGCCAAAGGCUCAACAGCAAACAGCCAAAACUGUACCUGUAUUACAGCAAAAGUUAAAAUUCAGCACAGAACAAAGAACAGCAAAGACUGAAGUGACAGUUCCUUCCUCAGCGGAUGUUGUUAUAAUUGGUGGAGGCUCGGCUGGCUGUCAUACAUUAUAUCAUUUAGCCAAACGUGGCGUUAAAGCAGUUUUGUUGGAACGUGCCAAACUAACAGCCGGUACCACCUGGCAUACCGCCGGUUUGGUAUGGCGUCUACGACCAAAUGAUGUAGAUAUACAAUUAUUGGCGAAUUCACGUAAUAUGCUAAUGCAAUUGGAAGAGGAAACUGGUUUGGAUCCUGGCUGGAUACAAAAUGGUGGAGUAUUUAUAGCUCACUCAGAUACCCGUUUAGAUGAAUACCGCCGUUUGGCCACAGUGGGCAAUGCUUUAGGCAUUGAAAACUAUGUUCUCACUCCCGAGGAAACCCAGAAAGUAUUCCCUCUAUUGGAUCCCAAAUCUUUUAUUGGUGCUUUAUAUUCACCCGGUGAUGGUGUUGUAGAUCCAGCCAUGUUGUGUACCGCUUUAACGAGAGCAGCUAGUAAAAAUGGCGGUAAAGUGAUAGAGAAUUGUUCAGUAGAUGAUUUAGUGGUGGAAAAUACGGGACGAGGUAAAAAGAUAGUGGGUGUUUCAACCCCUUAUGGCACCAUUAAAACAAAUACUGUAGUCAAUGCCACCGGUGUUUGGGGUAGAGAUUUGAUAGAAAAACAUGGCUCAUUUUUGCCUUUAAUACCCAUGAAACAUGCUUAUAUUUUAUCGGAAUCGAUACCUGGUGUUAGGGGUUUGCCGAAUAUACGUGAUCAUGAUUAUUCCAUAUACUUUAGAAUACAAGGUGAUGCUAUACAAAUGGGUGGUUAUGAACCUAAUCCAAUUUUAUUGGAUCCUGUAGCUAAAGAUUUUCAUUUCGGAUUGUAUGAUUUGGAUUGGUCGGUAUUCGAUGCUCAUUUAAAUGGUGCCGUUAAAUUGUGUCCUUCUUAUGGUGAUUAUGGUGUAAAGAGUACUGUUUGUGGUCCUGAGUCUUUUACACCAGAUCAUAAACCUUUAAUGGGACCUGAUACAGUUAUUAGCGGUUUGUAUCAUAAUUGUGGUUUUAAUUCGGCUGGCAUGAUGUUUGGUGGCGGCUGUGGUGAACAAACUGCUUUGUGGGUCAUCAAUGGGAAACCAGAUUUGCCCAUGUUUGGAUUUGAUCUCAGACGUUUUACCGACAAACAGAGUCAGGCUACCCAAUGGAUUAAUGAAAAGUCUCAUGAAAGUUAUGCCAAAAAUUACAGUAUGGUCUUUAAAUACGAUCAACCUAUGGCUGGACGUGAUUUCCAAAAAGAUCCCCUACAUGAAGAUAUGCUGUCCUAUAAUGCCUUUAUGGAAGAGAAACAGGGAUGGGAACGUCCCGGAUUCUUUUUACAAAAACCUGCACCCGCAUUACCCUACGAUUGGUAUGGCAGUUAUGGCAAUGAACGCCAUAAGGAUUGUGCUUAUGAGAGUGUAUUAGAUGGAGAUUUAAAAUAUGGCAGUUUUUCGGAACAUCACAAUUUGAUUGGUGAAGAGGCCAUGGCAUGCCGUAACAAUGCUGUGGUAUUUAAUAUGAGCUAUUUUUGUAAACUCUAUUUGGAAGGACCCGAUGCCCAAAAGGCCGCCGAUUGGAUAUUUUCGGCGAAUACUAAUCGCGAUGUUAAAAAAACCGUUUAUACCUGCGCUCUUAACAAUUCGGGCGGCGUAGAAGCCGAUGUUACCAUAUCACGAUUAAACUCCGGCUCUGGAGCUCCUCAUGAUCCGAAAUUUGAAGGUCAAGGCUAUUAUAUUGUAGCAGGUGGCGCCUCAGCAUACUACACAUAUACCAUGAUGGUGGAUGAAAUUCGCAAACAAGGUUUCAAUUGUACGGUGCGUGAUGUAACCGCUGACCUGGGUGUUAUUUCCAUACAAGGACCUAAGUCCAGAGAUAUUUUACAAAACAUAGUGCAAUGCGAACUCAGCGAUGAGAAUGUGGCGCCAAAUGGCACAGUAUUAACCCAAUGUGCGGGAUAUGAUGUACGUUUAUUACGUGUUAGUUUUGUAGGAGAACUAGGCUAUGAAUUGCAUGUACCCAAAGAGUAUUGUUCCCAGGUCUAUAGGGCUUUAAUGAAGGCGGGCGAACCACAACAAUUAAGAAAUGCUGGAUAUCGUGCUUUAUACUCGUUGAGUAGUGAAAAGGGUUAUCAUUUGUGGAGUUUUGAUUUGAGACCCGAUGAUACCCCCUUGGAGGCGGGUUUGGGUUUUACCUGCCGUAAACAGGGUGUUUACAAGGGCAAAGAGGCCAUUGAUAAACAACGCAAAGAAGGCAUUAAGAAACGUUUGGUAUAUUUAACUUUGGAUGGACAAGUACCCAUUUGGGGUUUGGAAGGUGUUUAUAGAAAUGGCCAACCUGUGGGUUUCUUACGUAGAGCAGAGUAUGCCUAUUAUUUGGGCAAGCCUUUGGGACAAACUUAUAUACAAAGAACAGAUGGUGAAAAAAUCGAUAAUGAAUAUAUUAAAACGGGUGAAUAUGAAAUCGAUGUUCUGGGAAAACGUUAUAAAGCCAAAUGUCAUUUGAGAAGUCCUUUCGAUCCCGAGGGCAAACGUGUAUUAGGUAACUAUUAACUUAAGUU